CAGAGGUGGUUCUUGUCCAGCUUUCUGCAGGCUGCCUCUCAUUAAAUUGCCAGGGGGACAAAAGCUGAGAUCUUCCUCGAGAUUGAUUUCUGUCUUCAGAGCAGAUAUCCCCGAAGUGAAUCUGAAAUAUUGUCUCUUACUGCAGAGGGAAGAAAGAAGAUCCACCAUACAUCCCCCACCCUCCCGCAAAAAGGGCAGAAAUGGCACAUGUGAGAAAAAAGUUUAUUGAGAUUCUGGAAAAAGUCAUGAAAGAAGGAGAGCAGAUGACACCAGAGGAGAUGCUGCUUACUUAUGAAGGAGUUGUAUACCCGACUGUUUUUUGCAACCCAGAGCAGUUCAAAGCUUUGGAGGCCUUCCAAGCUAGGAAUGAUGAUGUAGUUCUAGCAGGAUACUGCAAAUCUGGUACCAACUGGGUUGGCCAGAUUGUUACUGAUUUAGUAAUAACAUCUGCAAAGAAAUAUGAACCAGAGAAGUUGAAUGAAAAACUUCUCCUAGCAGAAAUUCCCUAUAUUGAAAUAGGAGAUACUGAAAAGUAUAAGAGGAUGGAUACUUAUCCUUCCAGGAGAGUGAUAUAUACUCAUCUCCGUCCUGAUAGAUUUCCACCAUCUAUUUUCAAGAACAAAGCCAAAGUACUGCUGCUGAUUCGAAAUCCAAAAGAUGUUGCUGCAUCUUUUUUCCAUUUUUCAAACAACUUCAGUCCUUAUCCUCCCUAUGAUACAUUUGAAGAAUUCUUCCGAGCUUUAAUGAUAGGAAAAAUGCCAUGGGGAUCCUAUAUAGAGUAUCUUUGUACAUGGAACAAGUAUAUUGAUAAAGAAAAUGUCCUGCCAAUAACAUAUGAAGAGAUAAAAGAGAACCCAGCUUUAGGAGCCAAAAAGAUUUCCACAUUUCUUGAAUUGAACUUAAAUGAGGAAGACUUUCAGGGUACUGCAGAAAGGAGCACAUUCAAAGCGAUGAAAGAAAAAUCUAAAACCACUCAUGGAGAAUUUGGUGAAGUUCUUUUCCGGAAAGGUGGAGUAAGUGACUGGAAAACACUUUUUAGUGAAGCAAACAACAAGGAGAUGGACACAGUAUUUAAAGAGCGCUUAGAAGGAACCAAAGUGGGAGAACGGAUAAACUAUGAUCGUUACUGCAAGGCAUGAAGGAAAAAAAGGAAAAAAAGCUAACAGCUAUCAUUCUUAGAUGAUUCUAUUCUCAGAAACAAGGCAUUCUAUUUACUUGUAAUAAAUGUAUGAUUUUUAUGUAAUCUCUAUAUGAAAGGGGAAUAUAAAUUAUUUCAAGAGUUUUCUGGCAAAAUUUCUAUAAAUUUCUAAGGUAUAAAUGGCUACACUGCAUUGCUUAAACCUGCUGAUAGCACAGUCACUUUUAUUCAUAUUGAUGACAAAAUAUUUUAGAAAUAUAAGACAACUUGAUAGAUGAUAGAAAGAAAUCUAAAAUGCGACCUUUUAUUAUAUAGAAAUCAACUUCACACCAAUUCUUCGAGCGUACGUAUAUGUUUGUGUGUGUUUAUUCACACACACACACACACAGAGAGAGAUUUAUGUGUAUUUAUGUAUAUUAUUAUAUACUGAAAUCAAUUUGAAAUGUAAUUAUGUAUUGUUCACUGAAAUCUUAAUCAUAAAUCCUAACAGAAAAUUAAUUGACUGCCUGCUGUCAAUCUGAAUGAUUGCUAGUAACAGGAAAUUCACACCUAUUCACCAACACAGAUAGAGGGAAAAGAAGGGAAGCCACCAGGUAAUUACAAAUAAUGAUCAAGUGAUGUUGCACAUAACAAUUGAGCAGAAUUCAUUUUACAGUGGCAACCAGAAUCUCUGCAACUGCUAUCACAAGUCAAUACACCUGCAUAACAACACAUUUACAACUGUGUCACUUAGUAAUCCAGUUGCUGAUCCCUAUUACUGUACUUAAGCAAAAACUAUUGUACAAAGUUUUAAUCUCAACACAGGAAAUAAAUUUUACUAAACCUAAAUGUGUCAAAUGUAAGUAACAGUUUUUCUGUGGAAAGCUGACCUUUGCAGAAGGAAAACAAAUAUAAAUGUAAUGGACAUCCUAACUGUAUUAAUUUGAGUUCUAAUUUUAAUUUCUCUCUUUCUUCUUUUUCUUUGUCUUCUUUUUUAACUUUUUUAUUUAGAAAUGUAUUAAAGAUUUUUAAAGAAAUCCAAUCAGCAAUAAAUAUUGUCUUUAGUCUAAUCAA